AUGGCUUCCUCUUCUCCAUUGUACCUGGGCUUCGACCUUUCGACUCAGCAGCUGAAAGUUCUUGCAUGUUCCAGCGACCUAGAACCCCAGCACGAGGAAAUCAUCACCUUUGAUACCGACCUCGCACACUACAACGUCACCAAAGGCGUGCACACAAACGAUGACCAGCACCAAGUCUACGCCCCCGUCGCCAUGUGGAUCGAGGCAUUGGACCUCAUCCUGACCCGGAUGCAGGCCAAAGGCUUCGACUUCUCGCGCGUAAAGGGCGUCUCGGGCGCCGGGCAGCAGCACGGCAGUGUCUACUGGUCCGCCGAAGCCGAAACGAUCCUCGCAAAGCUUGACGCAAAGCAGAGGCUCGUGGAGCAGCUCUCGCCCGCGGCUUUCUCUCACCCGUGGUCACCGAACUGGCAGGACCACAGCACACAGGCUGAGUGCGACACCUUCGAGGAGUCCAUUGGCGGCGCGGACGCCCUUGCAAGACUGACUGGGUCGAAAGCACAUCACCGCUUCACCGGCCCCCAGAUCCUCCGCUUCCACCGCCGCUUCCCAAAGGUCUACGAAAAGACCGCGCGCAUAUCCCUCGUGUCGUCGUUCCUGUGCUCGCUCUUUCUCGGCCGCAUCGCGCCAUUCGACAUCAGCGACGUCUGCGGAAUGAACCUGUGGGACAUCCAGGGCGGGAAAUGGGACGAGACGCUCCUCUCCACCACAGCCGAGGGCGAGCCCGGCGGCGUCGACGGCCUCAAGGCCCGCCUCGGCCCCGUCGAAACCAAGCACGGGAAACACCUUGGCCCCGUCUCGCCGUGGUUUGUCGAGCGCUUCGGUUUCAGCCCAGACUGCACCAUCACCCCGUUCACGGGCGAUAACCCGUCAACGAUACUGGCGCUGCCGCUGCGCCCACUGGACGUGAUCGUGUCACUGGGGACGUCGACAACGCUCCUGAUGAGCACGCCGACGUACGUCUCGUCGCCCUCCUACCACAUGUUCAACCACCCGACCACAAAGGGCCUCUACAUGUUCAUGCUCUGUUACUGCAACGGCGCGCUCGCGCGCGAGUCCGUCCGCGACGCCCUCAACAAGCUGCACCCCCCGCACGCCGCCGCCGACCCCUGGUCGAGCUUCAACAGCACGGCGCUGGCCACCCCGCCACUCGGCAAGUCCGCGCCCACGGACCCCGCAAAGCUGGGAAUCUACUUCCCGAUCCCCGAGAUCGUGCCGAACGUCAAGGCGGGCACCUGGCGCUUCGAGUACUCUGAUGGGAAGCUCGCGGAGGGGGGCGGGUGGAGCGCGGGCGACGAUGCGCGCGCGAUCCUCGAGUCGCAGGCGCUGUCGAUGCGCAUGAGGGCGCGGCCGCUGCUGCGGCCGGACGCGAAGGUGAAUGGCGGGAGGCAGCAGCCCCAUCGCGUGUAUGUUGUGGGCGGGGCGUCGAGGAACCAGGCGAUUGCGGAGGUGGUCGGCGAGGUGCUGGGCGGCGUGGAGGGCGUGUAUCGGCUGGAUGUGGGCAGCAAUGCGUGUGCGCUGGGCGCGGCGUACUAUGCGACGUGGGCGCUGGAGAGAGCGGAGGGAGAGGGGUUUGAGGAGUUUGUGGGCGCGAGGUGGAAGGAGGAGGGGAAGGUGAAUAAGGUGGCGGAGGGGUAUACGGAGGGCGUGUGGGAGGCGUAUGGUGAGGUAUUGGACGGGUUUGAGGAGGCGGAGAGGAGGAUUGGGGCGAAGUGA